AGGACGGCGCUACAGCGUCGCAAACAAUUUUUUUUCAUAAUUCUGCAAUGGUGGCAACCGCAAGUUGAAAAUUGUACGUAAUCGCGAUGAUUUACCCGUCGUGUAGCUUGGCGAUGAAGCACCUGAAUUCGCAGAUAAAACUUAAGCCUGUUUAAGGACAUCUCGUCGAUGCAGUGAUUCUAAUUCCCGCCUGAAAAAAACAACGCGUGAGCCUCCAACAAAUCCAAGAACUGUCAAGAUGUUCAAGAAGUUUAAAGACAAGCUCGCCGAGGAGAUGAAACAAUCGCCUGCACGACUGCAGGCGAGCAUGCAGCAAUUGGCGCAGGCAGUGGUAUCUCCGACGUCCAACAGUUCGAUCCAAGAUCUGUCGGCUUCCAAUGAACAUUUUAGCUUGACCGAAGACGGCGACGAGACGCCAAAGAACAGUCCAGCAAAGCACGGGUUUCAGAGCAUCGAUCUAAACUCACCUGCGACAAACUCCAUGGGUUUGUCCCGUCGAUCAUCAGUGAGCAGUAUCACUAGUGACGCUUCUUCGCUCUUCCCGAUUUAUGAGAGUCCUGGGAAUAUGUAUCAUUUACAAUCUGAUAUCGAACAGUCGGCCAGUGAAGUUGACGAUGGCGCAAGCUUACAAUUCGAUCGUGUCAGUAAGGACCAACUCUACUCGUCAUACCGAAAGAUGCAGACAAAAUAUCAUAAGUAUCGAGGCCGGUACACCGACCUGGCAAAUCAUUAUCGAGAGAUGGAAAGAGUUAAAGGAAAGCUGGAGUCAUUACUGGUCGAGACUCAGGAUAAAGCUCUGAAACGUAUUAGUGAUCUCAAGGAACAGUGUCAAUUGGAACAACAAGCAAAAGCUCAUCUUGAAGGUGUCCUGAGAAAUGACAUUGAAGAGAAGGACCAUCUAAUAAAUGCAUUAAAUACUAAAGUGAAGCUCCUUCAAACUAGUGAAACAAUAGUCGACGGUGUAUCUACCUCUGAUGUGAUGGAUCAAAGCAACAAACAAAAUGUCCAGAUCCCAGAAUCAAGUACAGACGAGUCACAGCAACAGUCUCAAGAAAAUUCUAUUCUGCUGACUGAAAACGCUCAGCUCAGAGAGAGACUGUCUAAACUCGAAGGCAUUCUACCUCGGUACAAGGAUUCUUUGAGGAAUGGCAAGGAGAAGAUACGAGAGUUAACUCAGGAGAGAAACCUCCUAGAACGCGAUUUCGACGCGCUUAAAACAUCCAACAAUGAACGGAUCGAGUCUCUGGAAGAGGAGUUGUUUGCCUCGAAGAGAGAUGUAAUUAGCUUGGAGCAACAAAUUCAGGUUCUGAAGAAACGCGAGGAGGAAUCAGUGCUUUCACUUGCGGAGAAUAAACAUGCCAUUCACCGAGAGCUGGAAGUUAAAGAAGAACAAAUAAAGCAGCUUCGCCUGGAGCUGAAACAAGCCAUCGAAUCUAGGGAACGCCUUAGCGAAGCACAAAGCUUGGACUCAGAUAAGAAGGACAUCAUCCAGGAUUUGUCAAAAGGUAAGUCAGAGGCGUUGAAACUCAUGCAGCGAGAUAUGCAGCAGAAGCUCAUUGACCUGGAGGAGAAAAUGGGUUUAAAGUAUCACCAGGAGGUGGAAAGGAAUAAAGAGCUUAUUGUGAAGCUCGAGAAACUUGAAAAGGAAAAUCUACCCGAAAGACCCUCAAAAGAAGACGAACAAACGGAACUGCUGAAGGAAAUGCUCAAGACAAAAGAAGAAGAAGUCUCAAAAUUACAGCUGGAACUGCAAGAUCUGGAGAAAUGUUUGGAUGAGUUCAAAGAGGAGAAUGAAAAUUUGAAAAAGAGAUUGACCUGUACACAGGAUAAAGAAAAUUCAAGCGUAACAGCUGAUUCUUCGAAUGUAGAACAGUCCACAUUGGAGAGGAUGACAUCCAUCGAGGAGACCAGGAAAGUUAGGUUACUCUUGAAUGGACCAGUCUGUGAGGAAAAGCUACGUAUGUUGCAGAAGGACUGUGAAAAUUUAAAACAAAUUGUUGUUCAGUGGAUAUCGGAAGGAAAUGACUCGAUGAUCUGUCUCGGUCAAGGAUUCCUCGACAUGGAAAACAUUUCUAAGUGUUUGAAGGACGAGAACAAACGUCUUCGAGAAGACAGAGAAGUGUUGACUGCUCGGAUAGGAGAGAUUGGACUGGAGAAGGAACAAUUUGAGAUAAAACUGAAUACAUCAUUGAAAACAAUAUUAACUUUGGAGGAAGAACUUCGAGACCAACAAAAGAAAUUGCAGUGCUUUGAUGAGAUAAACUUGAAGAAUAAUAAAUUCGUCGCUGAGAUAGAUGCUCUUAAUCAUCGGUUGUCAGUUAGCAAGGAGGAAAAUGAAGAACUUGUGAAGAAAACCGUUCUCCUUGAGAAAUAUUUAGAGAAUAUGUCGAGUGAAUUAGGACAAUUAAAGGAGGUGAAAGAUCAACAGGAUGGAGAAAUUAAAAUAAUGGUUAACAGGAAUAAAGAAUUAACGGAGAAUUUAAAGCUUUCGCAGCAAACAACAGUAGAACUGGAAGACCUCAGACAACGGUACGAAUCGAUGCUCGACGAAGUGGCAGCAGUUUCUAUGGAAAAUAAGGAAUUAAAGGAGAGAAGCAACGAGCUGGCUAUGAAGCUCUCCGAGUCAGAAAAUACGCUAAAGUUAGUCCGGGAGUUCGAGGAAAAAGUGGAGACCCUUGAAGGAGACAAAACUUCGUUGCUAAGUGAAAUGGAAAAUUUGAAAACAGAAAAUAAAGGACUGAAAGAGAAGAGCAACGAGUUGUCGAAGAAAUUCUCAGAGACCGAGAGCCUACUGAAAAGCGUCGAGGAGUUGCAGCAGCAACUUAGUAUUUUGAAGUUAGAAAAUCAGAAAUUAAAGGACGAAACCCAAGAGUUAUCGAUAAAUUUGGAGCAAUCUCGAAAGGAACGUGAAGAACUCUCCAAUGUGGUGCAACAGCUGCAAUCUCAAUGUGACGAAUACGUGAAAGAGUCUGCUCUUAGUGGUGCGAAGAUUUCUGAGCUACAGGAGAGGAACCAGGAGUUGCGAGAUUUGGAAAACAGUUUGAGGAAAUUGAUUGAUUCCAACGAAUCGACAAUCCAGUUCGAAAUGAAGAAUCUUAAAGAAGAAAAUUUCAGACUGAAGACGGAGUAUUCGGAGGAGACUUCUCAAUUACAAAACCAGCUCGAUACAGCUCUCUCUGAGAAUAUCGAGUUAAAAGAAAAAAUUUCCUUAUUGGAAAAGAUGAAAGAAGAGAACAGUGCUUUGAUAAAGGAAAUGUCCAAGUCGAAAGUGGAGCACUCAGAAUUGAAGGCACAGCUUGAUACAGUUUCUUCUGAAAAUGUCACUUUAAUGGGGAGGAUCUCAUCUUUGGAAGAGAUGCAUCAGAAAUUUUUGAAUCAGAAGCAGGAGCUGAAGGCUGAAAGUAAUCUCCUUGUGUCCGAAAAUAAAAGUCUUCGAGAUCAGAUCGAAGGAUUGAAAACUAAAAUCACAGAACGUAAUUCACGACUUCAGGCCAUGAAAGAAAUGGAAGAGGACCUGCAGAUAAAACUUACGAAGCUACGGGCAGAAAGAGAUGGUAUAAAGGAAAUGCUGGACUCUUUGAAGUGUGAGAAUGAUCAGCUGCGCACUCAGGAAAACUCUUUAAGAGAAACAAUGUGCUUGGCCGAGUCAAAAAAAGAAAACCUCCAAAGUGAAAUAGAAAAAUUAGGCAAAGAACAUUUGGAAGUAAAAUCGCGAUUGACGGCCAGAGUGGAUGAUGUUCUCACUGAGAAUGCUGCUUUACAAGAACGAAUUUUUUCCUUGGAAAAGGAACUGCAAGAGGUGAACGAGACUUUAAAAGACAAAAUACUUAAUGCGAAAGAAGAACAUUCAGAGGAAAGUCUACGAUUAAAGGCUCAACUUGAUAAGGUUCUCUCGGAUAAGGCUAUUCUAGAUGAAAGGAUUAAUUCCUUUGAGAAGAUAAAUCAAGAAUUACGCGAAAAGGAAGAAAGUGCGAGGGAAGCUGCGUGCAGUGAGCUUAGAAAUGAAAUUUCGAGGUUAGAAACUGAACGCUUAGCGAAGGAAUCGCAUUCAAAGACUCAGAUCAACGAAACGCUGUCUGAAAAUAUUGAUUUAAAGGAGAGAAUUGCAUCGUUGGAAAAGGCGAACCAAGAAUUGGGAGACCAGAGGAGGAUCUUGGAGGAAUCGUUGCAAUCGAAAGAGUCUAAUAUCGGGUUAGAAAAUCAAAGUCUUAGGGAUGAAAUGGCGAAGAUGAGCGCAGAAUAUUCUGAGCGCGGUUCACGAUUAGAGGCUCAACUGGAUGAAGCCCUUCUUACUUUUCAAGCGAGAGAAGCUCAGAUGAGAAGCCUCAACGAUGAACUCAGGGCUAAGGCAGAGAACCUCGAACAAACUCUGAAGACCAACGAAGACGAACAAAGCAUGCGUCUCAAGCAACUUGUCAAAGAGUUUCAAGCUCAACUUCACGAUAAAGAUGAAGCGAUCCAAGCAGCGCUCGAGAAAAGAUUCGAUCGGCAGCAGAAUUAUGAGACAGAUCUUAUUCAGCAGUACAAAGAACAACUGAAAGACUUCCAGGUCGAACUGACGGAAAAGUCAGAACUAAUUGAAGGUCUUAUCCUGGAGAAGAAAGAACUCUCUGCUCAAAGACAGAGCGAAAUAGAAAAAUUGUCGGAGACCAUAGCAUCGAUUAAAAAGGAGCAUGCAAACGAGCUACGGGAUCUCGAUAGAAAGUGGAAAACGAUUUUAAAGCAGAAGACAGAACAGCUUGAGGUAAAACAUGGAGAAGAAAUCAAUGAAUUAACCAAAGAAUGGCACAACGAAAGAAGGAGCGAUGCCAAAAAUUCUCAGUCAUCGGUUGAGGAGCUUGAGAGUACCUCUCGAGUGGCUAUGGCUGCGGUUCAGUCUAAUACUGGUUCGCUGCACAGUCUUCAACAGACAUUAGUCUCACAGCGCAGAGAACUUGCAGAGCUUAGAAAGCUUGUUAAGCUGAGACACGAUACUUUAGAAGACUCAACAGAAAUCGAGUAUCUAAGGAAUAUACUUUUCGAAUACAUGAUGGGCAGGGAGACGAUGGUGCUGGCUAGAGUUAUCUCAGCGGUAGUUAAGUUCGAUCAAGAACAAACUGCGAGAAUUCUUAAAAGGGAGGAAGACAAAUUAACAUUGUUGGGAUCACUGGGACUAACGUAGCAAGUGAAUCCGUGCAUUUAGGAUCACUUCAAGAACGGCUGCAAGAUUGCCGUAGUUAUUAAUAUUCAUACUGAAUCUGUUGAAAGAAAAAAGGUGACAUCGGGUCAUCCAGCUACUGGAAUAGAUUCAAAAUGGAGCAUCGGAUAGUAUUUACGUCGAAGCUGGAGCAAAUGGUUUAUGUUAAUUGGUGCUUCACUGAACGAUGAUCUGGUAGCAUUAAUGUUGCUAAGUCGAAUGGUCGCUUUUAGUCAAAUCUUGUCUGUAAGGCCUGCCCAAUCAUUCGAUUCGAAUACAAACUUAUGGGAGUUCCUUCAGUUAAGAGGGUAACAUUUGUAAAUAACGCUGUAAUUAAAUAACUAAGCGAGUUCAUAUAAAUAAUGAACAAAAAUUCAA